AUGGAUGGCAAUUCCUUUGCCCCUCUUGCAUUCAUUCAUCUACCGUCACCAGCACGUUUACUACGUUCUGCUUGGUGCCCAGACAAAGAUCUGCUGGUCAUUGUCACUCGUCUUGGUGGUAACGACAGGAUCAGUCUCUGGAAGAUGCAAGGGUCGAAGAAGUGGGAAGUAGACGUUGAACUGGAUAGCUCUAGCAGAGAUGAAGUUACAGGAAUUGGUUGGAGUCCCGAUGGUCAGACCAUUGCCAUCACCCAUGAUCCACCCAAGGUUACUCUUCACUCCAUUCAGGACGGACGCUUGGAGCGCACGUUGACAAUUUCUCCGCCUCUAACAUUGCUCGGGCGAACUUAUCACUUGACCGACGUUUGGUGGUUUCAAGAGAGAAAACAAGAGGCAACGAGCAGCAUCCCUGACAUAUUUAAGCGGGGAGACAUCAUUACAGGCUCGGCGCAUUCCAUACUCAGAGGACAACCGCUUCUGGACCAUCUCCAGGAUGAAUCACAACCACUGACAGCCACCGAUUUGUUCGCCUUCCAGGGGUCGCAUUCACGCAUGCUCGCGAAAUCGUCCAUCCCAGAAGUUAUACUGUGCUGGCCAACGCUUCCACCAGAUCCUCUCUCCGCCUCCAUCAAACAGUCGAAGCUUGGCGGCGAUCAGACAAGGCCAGGAGAAGAGUUGGAUGAGAUGGACGACUCCAAUGUGAACAGCGUUUUGGUGGCAUCUGACGAUCUAGGCCACUUGCACUGCUAUCUCGACGGCAGCUAUCCACUUGGCGCCGUUGUAGUAGGGUUCGACUCCUCAACGACUUCUCUCUAUAAGGAGAAGGAUAUCUUCUUUGUGCAUCCUCGAUCUUCCGCGGCACAGGCUACAUGUCUUCCACCUGUCGUAAUUCAACUACCGCAGCUGAGACAGCGAAUCUUGCGUGAUGUGGCGAGAGUAUCGUCAUCUGUACGUCAAUUAACAUGGUACGUCAUGCGUGUGGUGAAAGACAUGCGCGAGGCAUGGUUCGGCUCCGAUGCUCAACAUGGCGCUCGGGAACUGGGUCCCAAAUGGGUACGGGCAUUGGAAGAGAGGCAGAAAGACCAAUUUGGCGUGGAUGAGCCGCAUGCUAUGUUAGACUUGACGUGCCUUCUAACCACAGGACGUGCGUCUGAAUCUCUCUCAGACUAUCUCGGAAGCGGAGAACAAAUGAGUGAGAGGGCUAUUCAAAAGUGGGAAUCAACGAUGGUUGAUGCCUUGAUCAAGCUGCGCGAUUGUUCGGAGAAGCGAGUUGCUCCUGCUUGCCAGCGCUUACAUCUGCUCUUAGAGGAAGUGCACGGGUGGUCUCAGCUGUCUCAAUAUGCAUUAUUUCGGAUAAAGACUCGCGACGUCGCGGCUAGUCUGGAAUUGACCGAGCGAGCGAUAGUGAUGGCCAGCUGGCUUACCGCGACUGCCCGUCGGGAGCUGACACACUUCAAAGAGUUCAUGAGUUGGUUGAAGUACGAGACGUCGAGGGCCAAUUCUUCUACUGAAGCUCAUACUCAGCCUCCCCCUAAGCACGAUAUGCUGGAGGUGAACGACUACCUGAUGUCAGGCCUGGUCGUCAGUCCAAUCGACAAAUGGUUCAUGGGGCCGGUUCCGCGAUUCUCGCCUCAGGAUAUCGGUGUUCUCGGGGAUCAGCAUGACCUGACAACGGUGCUUCAACGCGCACGCAGCGUUCUCAAGGAUCGAGAACAAAUAGCAUGGCAAUCAGAUGCCAGGCAGAAAGACCUAUCACAUUUGGAUCGGAACCUUGAUUCGCUGAUACAGGAGUUAGCGACGCGUUGCCAGAGGAUAUUCGGCGAAGCUGCUAACGGAGCCGCACGCUCAGCAGUUGUGUUGUCCGGGCCGACCUAUCCUCCACUACGGGUCAAGAACACAUGGAGCUCUGAGGAUCCCAGAGAUUUGCCACUACGAGACAGAACGGUACAGAGCAGUGAUCAGCCCGACGCCUUUCAGCAGUACCUCGUGAUGCAGACACCCCGUGUGGGAGAACGGAGUUAUUUGUGUCUGGCUCGGUUAGAACACGCUCGCGUAGCCGCCGCAGCACCUCUCCAAGUCAGCGUUGCAGUGCUCGAAAGCUGCGUUAUGCAGGACGACAGCAAGAUGCCGGUUGAUGUGCUGAACGCGGAAUUCUUUGACGACAAAAACUUCAUUGUCGUUUACAGGCCCCGAGAAGUCGGACAAGCACUGAUCGCAACGGUCAGCUAUUCGGAUUUAUCCUACGAAACGAUACAAUUACAGGGGUACGUAAAUGAUCUGGCCCGAGAAGGCUUGAACAUGGAAGUUAUGCAGCGGCUGAGCGAUGGCCAGCUGUCCUCUGUACCUAUGCCGAUCGUUCAGGCGCGCACUUUGGCCGGCUGCAAGGAGGGAAAGGUCACCCUUGCCGUUAAUGGAAGGGUCGGCCGUCGAGUCGCUUGCGUCCUAGAUGAGGCGGGAAUGAGCCUGGAGAUAUUUGACAUGGAAGGAGAAGAGGACGAGACGGACGAGCUUGGACAAUGA